AUGUCGGAGGAAACAAUUAUGACUAUGAAUGAUCAGACAAUUAAAAUUGAACCACCAGAAUAUUCACCAGAAGACAUUAAACUCGAAAUGGAGGAUGAAUUUUAUGAUCCUGACGUUACUGUUAAAUCUGAAUCGUGUUCUGAAGAUGAUGAUACGCGUUUAGAAAGAUUUAUGAAUUCUGAGGUGAAAAUUGAAGAAGAAGUCAAACAGGAGUUAGUCGAGACACCAACUUAUGAAUGUGACAUUUGCAAUAGAUCAUUUGCAGAAUCAGACCAUUUAAAAAAGCAUAUGGCCGAUCAUAUUCCUAGUAAUAGCAAAGAAAGUCCUUUCAAAUGUGAAAUCUGUUACAAGACUUUCAAUCAAUUACGUAAUGUGAAAAAGCACAUGCUCAUUCACAGUGGUAGUCUAAAAAGACACAUGCUGAUUCAUAAACGAGAGCAUUUCUAUAAAUGUGAAGAAUGUAAUAAGGAAUUUACUCAAUCAUACAAUUUGAAGAGACACAUGGCACUUCAUAGUCAGAAGCGUGGUGAAGAUCAAUGA